GGCCAGUGUACUGCUAGAGGAGUCCAAGCUGUGUCUGAAUACCACUGCCUCUUUCCCACUACAGAAACAGGAAUCAGGUUUGCGAAAUGAAUGUUUGAUUUUUUUAAGUUCAGAAUAAUAAUUUUUUAAAAAGAUGGAAGCCAGAAGCACUCAAAGCAACUCAAUGCUCGAAGGAGACUUAAGCUUGGAAAGUCCUGAAAGAGGCUGGUCAAGGCUGGAGCUUUCUCUCUUGCCAUGCAGGACAAGGCUUUCAUCUGCACCAAUAAGGAUAGAAUAUCAUACCAAUAAGCUUUGGAACAAGGGUUACAUUUGUGUCUGUCUGUAUUGUUAUAUUAUGAUUACAUAUGUAUAUUAUGAUAUACGUACAUGUAUAAAAAUCAAACAACAGUAGAUAACUAAGUAUUGCUACAAAAAUAUAGCAUGGUCAGAAGUGCUAAAUCUCACAAUAAACUAAAGCUGAUUUGGGGAAAGAUAUGGACAAGAAUUGCAGAAGAGAAAAAGUUAAAGGCAUUGUGGUUUACCCUGGCACAGGGAGUGUCACAGAUAUAAAUAAGAACAGGAAUAUUGAAGUAAUUGUAAAUUUAUACUUUCAAGCAGUAUUUUCCACUGCUCUCUUACAUUUAUUAUCAUCCCUUCCAGGCAGCCAGAUACAAUGACUGUCUCUCCAAUAUAUCAUGAUAUUUCUGCCACCAUAACUUUGCUUAUGCCAUUCCACCUCCACUGCCCACCCUUACACUUCAUUUACCCAUAUUCACAUCAAGCUUCUCAAAUCCUAACUCUUCUAUGAAGAUGCCUCUGACCACUAUGACCACAGACUUCUUCUCACAUUUAACUCAAAACACUUCUUAUCCAUGCCUAGCACAGACUAUGUUAUGUUUAUAAUAGAUUCUCAGUAAAGGUUAAUUGAAUGAAUUAAUGAAUGAAUCUUACAUAGAGAUAUAUUAUUUACCACUUCAUAUGUGUGUUGGGAGAGGGGGGGAAGUGAUUCGUUUUCAAAAGACACCAUUCUUUUUCUUGCUUCAUUGUCACAUUCUGUAUUCAAAUUUCUAGAACAUCCUUGGCAUUCUAUGUGUAUGACAGUAUAAUUUGAGGAUUAAUUACAAGUUUGGGGGCAUGGUUCCUUCUCCUGUAGUAAGUAAUAGACAGCUAUAGACUGGAUCUGACUCUGCCUUCCAUCAUUCAUUCCUUACUCCCUCAAUUCUGGAGCAUCUUUUGGGGUAAGUUCUGCAGUAGCAUAAACCGUCAUCCUAACAUGUGCUUUAUUUUGUGUUUCGUAUUGUUUUGUGUUAUGGUUGCCUGUAUAUCAUAUCAGCCAACUUGAUCGUAAGCUUCACAAGGGUAGGGGUCAAGUUGAAGCUAAACUUUGUUUGGCUAAACUCAGUGUACAUUGUAGAAACUUUCAAUAUGUUUCGCACUCCCUGAGAGCAAAGAUGGUUUCAUUUUUGUCUUUUUACAUAUAAUAAGUACUUGAUACAUUUUCAUUAAUAGAUAUUUUAAUUUAAUUUUUGACCUAGGACAUCCUUGAACUCCUACUUACCUCAACUUAAACAUGAGCGAAGUAAGAUUUAGUACUGAACACUUUGAACACCAUCUCUGCAUAACUCCUCCCAGAUGCAACUGGUCUUUUCCCUGCAUCCACUCUACUAAUCUCGCGAUGGUCUUCUUCACUACAAAGCAAAGGCCAGUUUGAUCCAAGAAGGACUAGUCUCCUCACUAAUUGACCACCUUAAGUAUCCCUGAAAGAUAUGCCAACGUGGCCAUUUUCCAUUCAGUUUGCCUAUUUCCCCCAGCUAUGGCAGCAUUUUGAGAAGCAUGCCAGGAAAUCUCCCUUGGUGUCAACUUUUCUUUCUCCAUAUCCAUUAGGAUUCCCUCCAUUAAACGGCCAACCCUACAGGAGAGAACACACUGUCUGCUACCCUGGCUACCUCAUGGCCAUGGUCAACUCACUGGCAACGUAAACUGAUACACACAGUAAUGGACAGAACCCAUGUGAAAAGCAUCAUGACCAAAUGACUAGAAUCAUACUUCUUAUCCUAUGUUAGCAGUGUAAACAUGUUUACUCUACGUUAGCCAAAGUCUAAAGUGGCCAUUGUGAAGAACAUAGGCAGGGAUUGCUCUUUUUUUUCUUUGGCUGUCAUUUCCCUUUCCCUCAUUGCCCUGCAUCUAACACAUUUUGACUGCUCUUCCUUUUCCAAGAUCCUUCCAGAAAAUGGCUUUCACAUGCCUAGCUGACUUUCAAGCAUUUGCCAAAGACAAUCUUCCUAAGCCCACUUGGGAAUUCAUUGAAGGAGGAGCUGAUGAAUGCAUCAUAAGAGAUGAGAAUAUCUCAGCAUAUAAAAAAAUCCGUCUCCAUCCCCACGUCCUAAGAGAUAUGUCUGUGGUAGACACCAGGACAACCAUCCAAGGAUCUGAGAUCAGCUUCCCAGUCUGCAUUGCACCCACUGGCUUCCACUGCCUUUGUUGGCCUGAUGGAGAACAGAGUACAGCUAAAGCAGCAGAAGCCAUGAAUAUCUGCUAUGUUACCAGUACUUUUUCCACAUGCUUCUUUGAGGACAUCGUGGCUAGUGCACCCAAUGGCCUCCGAUGGUUUCAAUUAUAUGUGCAACGGGACAGAAAAAUAACAAAGGAGCUGAUACAGAAAGCGGAAACCCUAGGCUACAAAGCUCUAGUCCUCACUGUAGAUACUCCUGCUGUGGGCAACAGAUUGCAAGAUAAUCGCAACAGAUUCUCUUUGCCAGCAUCAAUAUCGACAAAAAGCGUGCAUGUGCCUAUUGAGGAAAAUGCAGAGUCUCUCCUCCCAGUCUCAAACAUUGAUCCAUCCAUCUCCUGGAAAGACAUUGCCUGGCUAAAGAGCAUCACACAAAUGCCCAUCAUCCUGAAAGGAAUUUUAACAAGGGAGGAUGCUGAACUGGCCAUAAGCCACAAUGUGCAGGGCAUUCUUGUCUCCAACCAUGGCGGAAGACAGCUGGAUACAGUUCCAGCCACAAUUGAUGCCCUGACAGAAGUUGUGAAUGCUGUGCAAGGAAGAAUUGAAGUCUACUUAGAUGGUGGCAUCCGAACUGGAACAGAUGUAUUAAAGGCACUUGCACUUGGUGCAAGGUGUGUCUUCCUUGGAAGGCCAAUCCUAUGGGGUCUCACUUACAAGGGUGAAGAGGGAGUUCGACAAGUCUUGAACUUAUUAAAGAAGGAGUUCUAUAGAUCCAUGGUCUUUACAGGUUGCCGGUCAGUCUCAGAGAUCAGCCAGGACUUGGUACAAUUCUCCAGAUUAUAAGAGGUGACCUUUCCAAAGGGAUCUGAGAACUGGAUAUAUCAAGCGACCAUGUGGACCCUCCCUUCUCAAGCUGUGCACCUGCACACACACACACACACACACACACACACACACACACACACACACACUCACACUUGCUGCCUAGCUAAAGGAAACCGCUCAUCAGGCCAGCUGUGCCAUCAAACUGGAUUUCAGGCACAA